GGAAAAAAUGAUCUUAUGCUUCUUUUUGUUGGCUGGACUUAUGCCUGCCUCCGCCAGAGAAAAACACCUUCCAAGAACACUUUUAAGUCAAAGAAAUGAUGCUGCUUUACUUGAAAAUUCCUGCAGUAACAAGCAGCUAGACCUUGUGUUCGUCAUUGACAGCUCUCGUAGUGUUCGCCCUUAUGACUUUGAGAAAGUUAAAGAAUUCAUCUUAACCAUCUUGCAGUUUUUGGACAUCAGCCCAGACGUCACCAGAGUGGGUCUCAUUCAAUAUGGCAGCACGGUUAAACACGAAUUUUCCCUGAAGACCUUCAGGAGGAAACAAGAUGUGGAGAGAGCAGUGAAAAGAAUGAUGCACCUGGCUACUGGUACCAUGACAGGAUUAGCCAUUCAGUACGCAAUGAACAUUGCAUUUUCGGAAUCGGAAGGGGCUCGGCCACUCAGCCAGAAUGUACCCAGAAUUAUCAUGAUAGUGACAGACGGAAGACCUCAGGAUCCUGUGGCAGAGGUUGCAGCAAAAGCCCGGAAUUCAGGAAUCCUUGUUUUUGCUAUUGGCGUGGGUAGGGUAGAUAUGAACACGCUCAAGUCAAUUGGGAGCGAGCCUUAUGAAGCGCACGUCUUUUUGGUUGCAAAUUUCAGCCAGAUUGAAACCCUGACAUCCGUGUUCCAGACUAAACUUUGUGUCCAACACAUGUGCAACAUAAUGAAACAUGGUUGUGACCAUUUCUGCAUCAACACAUCUGGCUCUUAUGUAUGUAAAUGUAAACAGGGAUAUAUUCUCAAUUCAGACCAGAGGACUUGCAGUACUCAGAAUCUAUGUGAAGUCGAAAAACAUGACUGUGAACAGAUAUGCGUAAAUACCCCCGGAUCCUAUGUCUGCCAGUGUUAUGAUGGCUAUGAACUUGAGGAAAAUGGGAAGAAAUGUUUCAUUGUGGAUUACUGUGCCUUGACUAACCAAGGCUGUCAACACGAGUGUGUCAAUACCGAAGACUCCUACUACUGUCAGUGUCGUAAAGGAUUCAUUCUAAAUCCAGAUAAAAGGACGUGCAGGCGGCCAGAUCACUGUGCUUUACAGAAUCACGGCUGUCAGCAAGAGUGUGUCAGUACAGAUGAAUCUUACUUCUGCCAGUGCCAGCAAGGAUUUACCCUCAACACCGACAAAAGAACUUGCAAAAGAAUAAAUUUCUGUUCUUUGGGAAAACAUGGCUGUGAACAUGAAUGUGUUAACACUGAAGACUCAUAUACGUGCAGAUGCCAAACUGGUUACACUCUGAACCGUGACCGUAAGACGUGCAGAAGAGUGGACCACUGUGCUGAGAACAACCAUGGUUGUGAGCAACUGUGUGUGAACACGUGGGAGUCCUUUGUCUGUCAGUGUUCUGAAGGGUACAUCAUCAAUGAGGAUCUAAAGACUUGUUCACGAAUAGACUAUUGCUUGCUGAGUGACCAUGGCUGUGAGCAUACGUGUGUGAAUAGUGACAGAUCUUACAUAUGCCAGUGCUUUGAAGGAUAUGUGCUGCGUAGUGAUGGGAAAACCUGUAAACGUAGAGAUGUGUGUAAAUCGGUUGACCACGGCUGUGGCCACCUUUGUGUCAGUGAUGGCAGUUCCUACGUCUGCAGGUGCCAUGAGGGGUUCAUACUGACGGAGGAUGGGAAAACCUGCAGAAGUAAAGACCUCUGCAAAUCAAUCGAUCAUGACUGCGAACACCUCUGUGUCAACAAUGAUUUCUCCUAUACCUGCAAAUGCCAUGAAGGAUUUGUACUGAGGGAUGAUGGACACACCUGCAGAUAUGAAGAUGUUUGCAAGUCGGUUCAACAUGGCUGCCAGCAUAUCUGUGUCAAUAAUAAAGAUACAUAUGUCUGCAAAUGUCGUGAGGGAUUUCUGCUGGCUGAGGAUAAGAAAACAUGUAGAAGUAAAGACCUCUGCAAGUCCAUUGAGCACGGCUGUGAACAUAUUUGCAUGAAUAACAACAAUUCAUAUGUCUGUAAAUGCCAUGAGGGAUUCAUACUAGAAGAGAAUGGGAAGGCAUGCAGAAAAUGUACUGAAGGCCCAGUUGAUGUCAUAUUUGUGAUAGAUGGAUCAAAAAGUCUGGGAGAAAAUAACUUCGAAAUUGUCAAGGAAUUCGUAACUGGAAUCUUGGACUUUCUUACGAUAUCUCCCAAAGCUGCACGAGUUGGUUUGCUGCAGUAUUCCACUCAGGUUCGCACAGAAUUUACGCUGAAACAAUUCAGCACGGCCAAAGACAUGAUGAAAGCAGUAUCUCAAAUGAAAUAUAUGGGGAAAGGCUCCAUGACAGGACUUGCCCUGAAGCAAAUGACCGAGAGGAGCUUCACUGAAGCGGAAGGGGCCAGACGCUUCUCAGCCAGAGUGCCCAGAGUGGCUGUAGUGUUUACGGACGGACGGGCCCAAGAUGAUGUUUCUGAAUGGGCAGCUAAAGCAAAGCACAGUGGAAUCACCAUGUAUGCUGUUGGGGUAGGGAAAGCAAUUGAAGAAGAAUUGCGAGAAAUUGCUUCUGACCCUCCGGACAAACAUCUUUUCUAUGCUGAGAAUUUUAGUGCCAUGGAAGGAAUAAGAGGAAAGCUCCAACAAAGAAUCUGUGAAGCUCUGAAGGACCACCAGGAUUUACCAGAAGGGUUAAUGGAUUCAUAUUCUGAAGAACCUGAAGCAGGUACCCUAGCAAUCAAAGAUGUUCUUGCCUGUUCCAAUUUUGCAGUCCACCACAAAUAUCUUUUCGAAGAAAAACAGUUGCGAUCAAAAGUAGCUUCAGGAAAUCCUUCAGAAGAGAAGAAAGAUCCAUGCAAAUGUGAAAGCCUUAUGACAUUCCAGAAUUUGGCAAAUGCUGAAGUUAAAAAACUAACACGACAGCAUAUCCUUUUUUACAUACCUGCUCCUGUUUCAGUGAAUCCUUAG